AUGUGCGUGUGGGAGCGCUCUCGGCUCCUCCCACUCGUUGUCUUGUGCUAUUGUGUGGCCCUCUCUUGCACACGCGCGUUGGUGUGUCUGCAACGCAGCGUCUCUGUGGGCUCUUUUCUUGUUUGCUUGCCGCUGCUUGACCUCCUUGUAGGUUGCAGCACAGCUGAGCUGCAGCUGCGGGUGUGCGUGCGUUUCAGGCGGGCGUACCAGUGGUCUGCCGGAAACAGCACCAAACACACGCACACAUCGGCUUCUUCUCCCUCCCCACCGCUGCUUUCUUUUUCAGAUGCCCAGCUGUUCGGAGCGUGUCAUUUUGAGGCCUUCAUGUUGGCGUACCUGCACUGA